AUGGUUGACGCUUGGGACGCGAGCACAAUGUUGGAUUUGACAGAGUUGAGGGGAAGAUAUGAGACCGUGAGGGUUACCGAAGAUAGCAAGGACAAAAUCAUCGAGGCACGCUUCGCAUACAAAGAACUUCUCUCUCAUGUCCAAAGCCUUCAAGGGGCCCUUCAACACCAGAAGAACGAAAACCAGGACCAGAAGAAGCUGGUUCGGCUUUAUAGGGAAGACGCCGAUAAAUGCCAGAGUGAGCUGGAAGGGAAGUCUCGUGAGGAAGCGAGGUUGCAGUUUGCAUCAGUACUCGUUGAUGGCGACCAUAUGAAUGUUAUUAUUAAUUACACCCUAGCUAAUUUAGGUUUAACGCCGUUCCGGGUACGGAACGAGAAACAAACAGUGGACGAAUUUGUUCAAGAUGGACAGACGGGCGGUGGCUCCGCAGCGAGAGCUCUCAUGGAGGCAGUUCGAGAUCAUGUUCGAAAGGUCGAACCCGAUGCCAGCCCAAACAUCUACUACAAGAUUCGGGUGUAUGCAAAUGUGACUGGUCUAGCAAAAACGUAUCGUGAUACUAGCAGUGUCACUUAUGAGGGUGUACUCUCUUUUAUCCAAGGGUUCAACAUGGAAAAUACUCUAUGUGACUUUGUGGACGCAGGUAAAGGGAAGGAAUGCUCUGAUGUGAAGAUUCGAGCUCUUUUCGAGCACUAUUUACUCGAUGUCCAUUGCCAACACAUAAUCUUCUGUGGAUCUGCGGACAACGGCUAUGCCCGUGUACUGACACCCGAUCGCGGAUCGAACCGUAUUUCACUGGUAGAGGGCCCACCAUUCGCUCAUGAACUGAGAGAUCUAGCGUCGGACUUUGAGACAACCUCGUUCCCGGAAGUUUUUCGGUCGAAGAAGCUGUCUAGAAGCGUGUCAUUUGGCGGCACAACGGCUACUCCAACACCUACGCCGCCGCGGACGCCGACUCCGAACUAUGCUUCUAUAGCGAGAACAGCACCUCCAAUACCGGACGACAGCUCCCCGCUGGCUAAUCCGCCCACGAGAACACUCACCACAAGCAGUCCCGUUGCAGUUCUCUACGAAGGGCAAACUUGA